AUGACGGACGGGGUGUUAUACAUUCCAUCUUCCUUGAUUUUCUGGGAGAUCAAGGAAAAGCAUUAUGACUCUUGGUUCUGGAAAGCUUUACUUAAGCUAAGAAGCUUGGCAAAGCAUUUCAUCUCUUGCAAUAUUGGAAACGGUUCAACGGCUUGGUUCUGCUUUGACAAAUGGACACCUUUGAGUCCCUUGAUUGAUUGUCUAGGUGCAGAGGGUCCUCGUCGAUUGAGAAUACCUCUAAACUCAAGAGUAAGAGAUGCUUGUAACAUGGAAGGCUGGGUACUCGCCAUCCCACGCUCAGAUCUUGAUGUAUCUCUGCAAAUCUAUCUAUCAACUAUUGAAUUACCAAGUCACUCUACGCAAGAAGACACCUAUGAGUGGGGGAUAGAUGGACAAUCAACUGAGAAAUUCUCUGCUAGUAAAACCUGGGAGGUCUUAAGACCACGAGAUUUAGACAAAGAUUGGGCAGAGCUUGUGUGGUUUAAAGGAUCAACGCCAAAACAUGCUUUCAAUUUCUGGGUGACAAACCUAAAUAGACUUCCAACGAUGGCAAGACUUGCUUCAUGGGGAUUACAAGUAUCGGACACCUGCUGUCUCUGUUCUGCAGCUGUAGAGACUAGAGAUCAUCUGUUCCUUCACUGCACGUUCACUCAAGUUAUUUGGACUUUGGGUCUGCGAAGACUAAGUCAGCAAAGCUCUCAAUUCUCUAGUUGGAGUUCACUUCUAUCUUGGGCAAAAGGGAGCAACCCUACAUCACCAUCCACUCUUCGACUUCUGUUAACUCAGACAAUCGUCUAUAGUGUAUGGAGAGAGAGGAACAACCGCAUCCACAACCAUACAACCAUACCGCCACUCAAUCUCUUCAAGGAUAUUGACCGCCAAAUCACAAACACUAUUGCAGCCCGAAAGGAAAGGAGGAAGUUUAGGAACCUGUUCACAUUGUGGUUUAGAUAA